GAUGACGGUAUUCCUGUUUUUGACAGUUUAGAUAAAUUAACUAAGCCUAAUUCGACGAAAGUAGUAUCAAGUGACUCAAGCGAGAAGGGUGAUACUGUGCUAGAACCAUUGGAGAGUGGUUUUGCUUUAGGUAAUUAGGUAAUGCAUUAAGGCGUGUAAUGUUGUCUUCUCUUAUAGGUAGUGCUGUUUAUGGUAUAACUCAUGAGUUGCUUCAACCAAGGAGUAAGAGAAGAUGUGACUGAUAUAGUAUUCAGUAUUGGUGUGUUGAGGUGUAAAUUAAAUGGCACUUCUAAUAAAUGCCUAAGUUUGAGUGCUAAAGGGCCUUAGCAAGAUAGAAACUGAUGAUCAGUGUUCUAUUUUUAAUAAAGAUCUGCUGAUUUGUACACUGGAACAGGAUGUAGAGCUCAACAUGACUAUGUGUGUGGCUAGCGGAAAAGGUCACCUUUCCGUAACUAAAUAUAAGGAAAACGAAUUUUUGAAGCUAUGAAUGAGCAGGAUCUAAUUAGUUUUAUUCCGGUUAAUACUUUUUGUAGUCCCAUAAACAGAUUUUCGUAUAGAGUAGAAAAUAGUUGUGUUGGUCAAGUUACUGAUAAGGAUAGAUUGAUAUUGUCAGUUGAAAGUGAUGACACAAUUUCUCCGAGUCAAGCUGUUCACUCUGCUGUUAUAAAAAAUCACAGGUUUCUUCGCCCAGUGGUUAUAAAGAUUUGGGUUAUGACCCUAUCUUAUUGCAUAAAGUAGAUGAAAUGGAGUCGUCUAUCAGGUCAAUGAUUGCUUAAAGAAUGAAAAUAUCACUUAUAUAGGUGAUCUUGACAAACGACAGGAAGUGAAAUGUUAAAAACUGCUAAUUUUGAUAGAAUGAAAUUAAGGCGGUUUUAAAUAAUUUUGGCUCGUUUUUGGGUA